AAUCCCCGCCCAUCUCCGCCUCCUUCCGUCUCUCACCUCAAUCCCCAUGAAGAUCCAACCUCUCGACCAGGGUUCGAUUUAAUCUCCAUUAGCUAACGCUGCUCAUCCUUGACGUUGUUCCUGGGUUUUGUCUCUGUGUAAAGGGCUACAAGAUAUCGACUAGUUGCAUUCUAUGAGCAUUGCAAGUAAUUCCAUCGGGAAUUUCUCGAACUGAAGCGGUGGAGAGAAAUCGAAACAGAAAGCAUGGCUUCCAGGGAGGAGACCAAAAGCUUGACCGAGGAGGCAAUCUGCCCCAUUUGUCUCGAUUUCUUCACCGAUCCGGUAAUGCUGGAGUGCGGGCAUAACUUCUGCCGCUCCUGUAUCUUUCGGUGUUGGAAAAACAAGAUGAACUGCCCGGAAUGCAGACAAAAGUGUCCGAAGAAAAGUGUCCGGGUGAACCGGUCCUUGGCGAAUCUUGCUGAGAAAGCACGAAAAAUCAAGCUGGAUUCAAACGAGCAGGAUAGUAUACCUCAAUGCGAGGCGCAUCAGAGAGAACUUAAGCUGUUCUGUGAAACUGACGAGAAAUUGAUCUGUUACUUUUGCAGAGAUUCGCAGGAACACAUAGGCCAUCGCCUCUUGCCGAUUAAAGAUGCGAUUGAAAACUACAAGGAUCAACUGAAAUCUUCCUUAGAUUCUCUCACGCAGGAGAAAUCCCAGAUUCUAAAAGCGGAACAGAAACAGAAACGGAUGAUUUCCCAAAUUAGGGAACAGGCGAGCAAUCUGCAGACCCACAUCAUAUCCGAGUUCACUAAAAUGCACCAGAUUCUCGCUGAGAAAGAGCAGCGUUUACUUAAAGUCCUCAGGCAAGAAGAGAAGAGAAGUCUGGAAACGAUUGAGCGGAAUCUUGAAGUUAUCCAGCAGAAUUCAAAUUCUAUUGAAGAUAAAUUUUCAAAUUUGCAGAAACAAAUGGAGCAGCAAGACGAGCUGACAUUUUUGAAGGACAGCCUUUGUUGGAACAGAAGGAAUAGUAUGGACUCUCAUGGAUUCUCAGUAACAGAUGUCGCCCUCUCUAUUGGAAAGUUUAAUGGCCCUUUACAGUACACAGCCUGGAAAGAAAUGAUAGACUCCAUUAACCCUGUUCCAGCCUCUCUGACUCUGGAUCUGAACACAACAAAUCCCCGGCUUAUUUUGUCUGAGGACCGGACCAGUGUGCGACUCGGAAACAAACCGCAACGACUCCCUGAUCAUUCAGGGAAGUUUGAUAUCUGGCCUUGUGUCCUGGGAUCAGAAGGAUUCACAUCAGGACGACAUUACUGGGAGGUGGAGGUGGGGAACAAGACUCAGUGGAUUGUGGGAGCAGCCCAAAAGUCUGUUAAGAGGAAAGGGCAUAUUGACCUGAGCCCAGAAUCUGGUUACUGGACUCUCUGGUUGGACUUUGGAGGUCACUAUUUUGCAGUCACCUCUCCCUCACCUACCCCCCUCACUCCAGUGGUGAAUCCCCAGAAAAUUGGGGUUUACCUGAACUAUGAGGAUGGUCAGGUGUCAUUUUACAAUGCAGACAACAUGUCCCAUCUCCACACUUUCACCCAUACCUUCACUGAGAGAAUUUUUCCCUUUUUCCAUCCAGGAUGGAAUAUAGAUGGAAAAAACUCUGGAGCUCUAACAAUCUGCAGCAUUAAAGGGCACUGACAGAUCCAUCCCAUAAUUUCACCCAGUCCCUCUGCCUCCUGCAAACUGUAAACUGAUGGGGGUCAGUCUCAGUCACAGGUGGACAGCUAAACCAGGUUAAUAUUCUGGGAAUAAACCCUGUAUCAGAAAUGGAAACUGAAGUAUCAGCAAGGAGCUCUGUAGGGCUGGGGGGAGAAAGCAGGGGAAGAGAAGAAUCAAAUAGCGGCUCAAAUGUAGAGAUGGAUUUACUGGAUAGAAUGAGCUGUUAAUGGCAGGAAUUAAGGGAAAUGUUGAUGUGACGGUUAAUAAUCCAACAACCAGCUCUUGGUACAGGGCUCAUUCCAUCACUAGAGCUAAUGGUAUUAUUGCUAUGCUAUUAAUCCAGACAUCCAAGUAAUGUUCUGGGGGCCUGUGUUCAAAUUCUGCCAUAGCAGAUACUGGAAUUUGAGUUCAAUAUAUUUUUUAAAAAUUGAAUUAAAUCUCUAAUAAUGAUCAUGACACCUGACCGUCAGAGAAAAAAAAAAAUCUGGUUCACUAAUGUCCUUGAGGGAAGGAAACUGCCAUCCUUACCUUGUUAUCCCUUCAUGUAACUACAAUCCCACAACAAUGUGGUAGACUCUGGACUGCCCUCUGGGCAAUUAGGGAUGGCCCAUAAAUGCUGGCCUAGUGGAAAAGUGGAAUUUGAGCUGAUUUAAUAAAGUUUGGAAUAUUAAGCUUGUCUCAGUAAAGACAGUUAUCACUGACUUUUUUUUUAAAACACAUCUGAUUCAAUGAUGUCCUUUCAGGGAGAAAAUAAGCCAUCCUUACUGGUAUGGCUGACCUAUAUCGCCAGUCCUGUAGCAAUAACUCUUAACUGCACUUUGAAAUAGGCUUGCAAGCCAUUCAGUUCAAGGGUAACAAUGGUAACAAAGAACCUGUCCAUUCUAGCCAACAAUAUGGAGCAUCAACAAUGCUCUGGAGGAGAGAAUUCCAAAUAUUCACAACCUUUUGAAUGAAGAGAUUCCUUAUCUCCGUCCUAAAUAGUUGGUCCCUUAUGCCGAGACUGUGCCCCCACAUUCUCUCCACUGUGCGCCCAGAUGGCCCAGCCUAUUUGGAAGCAGCCUUUCAAUGUUGGCACUGUCAAGGCCCCAUCAGAAUCCAUAGCAACUAUAGAUUGCUUUCAAAACAUUUUUUGCUUCCUUUUCUAAAGUAGUUUUCAUCAUUAUUUCCAUUCUAAACCAUGAUUCUUAAAUAUUUCAUAGUAACAUUUGAUUUACUUCAAGUUACUAUGAAUACCAUAAAAGGUGGUCACACAGCUUGAAAAUGUUAAGGUAUAGAUGACAGAAGAUGUAUGACCUGGGGUGAGGAUGUCCAUUUCAUGCCUCCACUCUCCAUAUCCAAUGCAUCUUUGAAACUUUCCAGAGUAGGACUGUCUUUGAAGUGUUUGGCUUCUUGGGCCUUCUUCACUAACAAUAUUUAACAAAAGAAAAUAAAACAUGCAAAAUGCUA